UUUUGAGAGCUUUUUUCACGAGACCAUAGCACAGGAAUAUGUAUGUAUACUGUUUCUAAACCUACUUUCAGAUUUGGGGAAAAAAACCCCUUUUUCCUUUCGUCUUGUCUAUUGACAUGGCGAGUUGCUGUUGGUCAAUCAUCAUCGAGCUAUCAUCGGUUUAUUCAAUAAUCAUGGCAUCAUCGAGUAACAUCAUACAAGCAAUGAGUAAUAUUAUAUUGGAGGACGAGGAUGGGGGAAUCGCGAUCGAAGCGGUGGAGGGCGGAGAGAAAACAGAGUUGGCACAUGGAUUCGAUGCGAAACAUGGCAUUAUGAAGGCCCGGAAGGAGAAUAUAUAUCAGAGAGAUACGCACCCUAAAUCUUCUCAAAAAUAAAUGACUGAUUUUUUUUUACAAAAUAAAUGACUGAUUUUAAUUGGUUGGUUUAUUUGCAUAAGGAAGUUUUCAUUAUAUUUGUGUAAGUGGAACCAAUUAAAUAUUGUCACGUAGGAUUUGGGAAAAAAUGAGGAACAAUUUUGAGAUAUCUAACAUUUUCCAUCAUGGAGAUAAUAUAUCUAUUUUUUUGUUUAAAUUUUUAGUGUUAAAUGUUGAUGGUCGUGAUGAAUAGGAUAUUAUUACUCAUGCUGUUAUUUUAUACAUGCUAUGAUACUGGCAGUUCAUAGACAAAAAGUACGAGUUCACUCAGAUUGCUAGAGAUGAACUCAGCCACCAAGGAGAAAUGUCAUUUAUCAUGCAAAUAAAAUGAACCAACUGUUAUAGUCUCAUGUAAGAAAUAUUCUAAUAUUCCAGUAUCUUCAUAACAGAUUCGAUUCUUUAAGUGAUAAACAAAUACGCAUGUCCUAUAAAUUUCGGAAUAUUAUGAUAUUCGAUCUAGAUAUCAUCAAUAUUUGACUCGUAAUCUUUGUUUGUCAGACGAAGUUGACAAAAUUGAUUUAGUACAAUGUAGGAAGUAGAUGAGAAUGGCUCACCAGUUUACUAAGUCGUCGUGGUAUGCAGACAAUCGGAAGAAUAAAAUGAGAGAUGAUCAGGACACUCGCACUUCUAUAAGAUCGGAUUUACCUUUCAUUCCUAUGAAUAUAUUUGUCUCUUCCCCUUUCAUUCCGAAAAAAGAAAUCUUUGAGCUGUAAAAAUUAACCAGUUAUCUUGAUUCUUUCGGCGCAAUAGCAUUAUAGCCCAUUUUAUUAGGCCGCUCUGCCUCGAAUAUGCUUAUUAAUCUGUCCGUUUUUGCUCAACAGUGUGUGACUACAUAGAUGCUAGACAGGGAUACAUAUAACUGUCAUUCUUGUUGAAUUUUACUAGAAAAAAUUUAGGUACAUUUACAUACUUGCUUUGUAGUUGUGUAUGUAUGUGAUUCUACUAAUCAUAUGGGAGCUGGCAUGCUGAGUUAUGCUGAUGGAAUCGACAAGCUGCUGUUGUUCUUCGGGACAAUAGGAUGCAUAGGAGAAGGGAUGAUGAUCCCUGCUACGAUGCUCAUACUCAGUGAUAUGAUCAGUAGUUUAGCACAAGCUGAUUCUGGAGACAGAUCUAACUCUUCAUAUGAUGCUCCAAACGUGUAUGCACUCAGGUUAGUUUAUGUUGCUGUUGGAGUUGGAGUAGCUGCUUUUGUAGAUGGAAUAUGUUGGACAAGAACCGCAGAGAGGCAAACAUCACGAAUGAGAGUCGAAUAUUUGAGAUCAAUCCUCAGUCAAGAAGUUGGUUUUUUUGAUGAACACGCAGGUUCUUCUACGACCUUUGAUGUCAUCUCCAGCAUCUCAGUCGAUGCUUAUUCUAUUCAAAAUGUUAUAGCUGAGAAGAUACCUCUGUGCAUUGCUCAAUUCUCAAUGUUCAUCCUCUGCUUCAUAUGUGGUUUCGUACUGUCAUGGAGACUAGCACUGGCCAGCAUCCCGUUGACAAUUGUAUUUAUAAUUCCUGGAGUAGGAUUUGGUAAACUAAUGAUGAAUCUCGGGAAGGAGAUUACUGAUGCCAAUGGGGUAGCUGGUGCGAUUGCAGAACAGGCAAUCUCCUCAAUCCGAACUGUGUAUUCAUGUGUUGGGGAAAACCAAACAUUGGACAGGCUCAACGAAGCAUUUGAAAACUGUAUGGAGCUUGGGAUACAACAAGGUUUAACAAAAGGGCUGCUUAUAGGAUGCAUGGGCGUAAUUUAUGCAGCUUGGGGCUGUCAAGCUUGGAUUGGGAGUCUUCUUAUAACUCAACGAGGGGAGAAUGGUGGCCAAGUAUUCAUAUCUGGUUUGUGCAUUUUUGUAGGAGGAGUGGCAGCUAUGAGUGCUCUCCCAAACAUCUCAUUCUUUGCGGAGGCAAGGGCAGCUGCUUUAAGGAUUUCAGCGACAGUUAAUAGAGUUUCUCUGAUUGACCUUGAAGAUGAAGGACAAAUUUUAGAUGCAGCAAGACUAGAUGUUGCGUUUGUAGAUGUUUCUUUUAGUUAUCCAUCCAGGCCCAGUACCAUGAUCCUUGAAGGUUUUAAUCUCAAAGUUGGUGGUGGGGAGACUUUAGGACUUGUUGGAACCAGUGGUUGUGGCAAGUCCACAGUCAUUUCUUUGCUCGAAAGGUUGUAUGAUCCUGUCAAAGGUGACAUCCUUAUUAAUGGGUCCAAUGUAAAGAGCUUAUCUUUAAAAUGGUUAAGAUCUCAAAUGGGGCUGGUGAGUCAAGAGCCAAUUCUCUUUGCAACAUCAAUCAAGGAAAAUAUUAUGUUUGGAAAGGAAGGGGCAUCUAUGGAAAUCAUUAUCAAAGCAGCUCAUGCUGCGAAUGCUCAUAAUUUUAUCAGCAGUUUACCUGAAGGAUAUGAUACUCGAGUAGGGCAGUCUGGGGUGCAACUAUCUGGUGGCCAAAAGCAGAGAAUAGCAAUAGCAAGGGCUUUAAUCAGGGACCCAAAGAUCCUUCUGCUUGACGAGGCUACAAGUGCAUUAGAUGCACAAUCUGAAAAGGUAGUGCAAGAAACUCUGGAUCAGGCUUCAGUUGGAAGGACAACAAUAGUCAUUGCUCACCGCCUUGCCACAGUCCAUCGAGCUCAUAACAUAGCAGUUCUUCAGUCUGGGAGAGUAAUAGAACUUGGAACUCAUACUGAACUAAUGCAAAUGAACAAUAAAGGAGGGGCCUAUCGGAGAAUGGUUCAAAUGCAACAAACAAACCGGGAUGACAAAUCUAGCACUUACUAUAACUCAGAAGGAGCUAAAAACAAUUUCAGGAACAGAAACAUGAAAUUAUCAAAGGUUGCGAGGAACAAGCAGUCACCAAAGAUUUCUGUCAAUUCAAGCUCGGGCAUUAUAAGCAGUCCUUCAAUAUCAUUUGUUGAGUUAACGCCAUUUGAUAUCCUUCCUGCCAAUAAUAGAGAGGACGUGGACUUGAUAAAUUCCUCAAACACUUCUUAUUUGAAAUUGAGUUUGUUGAAAUUGAAUGCACCUGAGUGGAAAGAGAUGUUGCUAGGCUGUUUAGGAGCUGCUGGUGCUGGUGCAAUUCAGCCUGUCUUCUCUUAUUUCUUGGGAUCACUUGUUUCAGUAUACUUUCUACCGGAAAAUUCAAAGAUAAAAUCAGAGAUUAAAUUGUAUAUAUACAUCUUCUUAUACCUUGCAGUGUUUAACUUCCUUUGCAGUAUCCUCCAACACUAUGAUUUUGGAGUCAUGGGUGAGAGGUUGACCAAAAGAUUUCGAGAGAAGGUGCUUACAAAUCUGUUUACUUUUGAAAUAGGAUAUUUUGACAGGGAUGAAAACUCAAGCGCAGCAAUAUGUGCAAGAAUAACUACAGAAGCUAGCAAGGUCAGGUCUCUCAUAGGAGAUCGAAUGUCAUUGUUGGUUCAGGCCAUCUUGAAUGCUUCAAUGUCAUACACACUUGCACUAAUUGCAACAUGGAGGUUAGCCAUUGUUUUGAUUGCCAUGCAGCCUCUACUCAUAGGGAUUUUCUAUGGAAAGGCAUCGCUAAUGAAGAUAUUAUCUGAAAAAACCCGAAUUGCUCAAAAUGAAGGAAGCAAACUAGCCCGUGAAGCAGUUGUCAAUCAUAGAACUAUAACUGCAUUCUCAUCUCAAAAAAGAUUGCUGAGCUUAUUUUCCUUAGCAAUGGAAGGACCUAGGAAGCAAAGCAAACUUUUUUCAUGGAUCACCGCAAUGGGGUAUUUCUGUGUCCAUUUCCUGACAACAAUAUCUGUCGUUGUAACAUUCUGGUAUGGAGGAAGACUUCAAAGUCAAGGAUUGUUGCAGUCAAAAAACCUUUUUCAAGCUUUUUUUGUUUUGAUGGCAAGCGCUAAAACAAUAGCAGAAGCAGGUAGCAUGAGUUCAGAUUUAGCCGAAAGUAGCAGUGCAAUCAGUUCGUUAUUUAGGAUUCUUGACCGGAAGAGUGAACUUGAACCUGAGGAUCCAAAAGGAAUCAUAGUCGAAGAGACAAUGAAGGGUAAUAUAGAAAUAAACAACAUCUUCUUUGCAUAUCCGUCAAGACCUGAACAAAUGAUCCUCAAAGGGUUGAAUCUUAAGAUUGAUGCUGGAAAGACAGUUGCUCUCGUGGGACAAAGUGGUUCAGGAAAGUCCACUAUUAUUGGACUGAUUGAAAGAUUUUAUGAUCCAUUAAAAGGGUCAAUUUUGAUAGAUAAACGCGACGUAAAGAGCUACAACUUGAGAAGUCUGAGAUCACAUAUUGCAUUAGUGAGUCAAGAGCCAACACUUUUGGGCGGGACAAUUCUGCAGAACAUUGUGUAUGGAAAAGAAAAUGCCACAGAAGCUGAAAUAAGGGAAGCAUCGCGUCUUGCCAAUGCUGAUGAAUUCAUUAGCUCAAUGAAAGAUGGAUACAACACAUAUUGCGGUGAAAGAGGCGUCCAGCUAUCAGGGGGAGAGAAACAACGAAUAGCACUCGCCCGAGCAAUACUGAAGAAUUCAAGAAUCCUUCUCCUAGAUGAAGCAACUAGUGCACUAGAUAGUAUUUCCCAAAACAUAGUACAAAAGGCAUUGAAGAAAAUGAUGGUGGAUCGUACGUGUAUAGUUAUAGCUCACCACUUAUCUACUAUCCGUAAAUCAGAUUCCAUCGCUGUGAUCAGCAAUGGAAAAAUUGUCGAACAAGGAUCUCAUUCAGAUCUUCUUGCUCUUGGCGAGGCUGGUUCUUACUGCUCUUUAGCAAAGCUACAGAGGGGGAUGACAUGACAUAUUUAUAAAUUGAGCUCAGUUUUGAGUUUGUUAUGUGGAGUUACAUUAUUAUAAUGUCCUAUGUCUCUUGAUUCGGCUGCAACAAGAAAGUAUCAAACUCAACAUCUUUUAGCCUUGAGGGUAAGCAUCAAUGUGAGACGAUUAUGUAAAAAUGAGAUAUUAAAUUUAGAAGUUCUCAAAAAUUAUUAAAAUGGCGA